AUGCCUUGUCAAAUUUCUUCGGCCAAGAACCGCCCUUUCCCUGUUAAGAUUGUUCUUACGUCCAUUGAAGAAAUCGUGAUAAGAGAUGUCGUCACAUCAAUGACUGUGCUGGCCUUAAAAGACAAAAUUGAGUUGCAAUGUGGGAUUCCACGGCAAUUGCAACGCUUAACAUAUCUUGAUGAACUAGACAUGGAUGACAGAAAAAAACUGUCCUUCUUCCAUGUAGUACCAAACUCCAUACUUACAGUGAAAUGGUGGCCUGAGUGGGCUUCUCUGAUUCAAGCCGCUUAUCGUGGUGACUUAAAAAACGUGAUGGCGUCGCGAAUAAGAGUGAUGGAGCAUAAAGUUGGUUGGUUUAGAGGGGCGCACUUUAAUGAACGUGGCUAUGUAGCUCUGUACAUUGCCUCCCAUCGCGGUCAUGAGCGAGUGGUUUCCAGACUAAUGAGCUUAGGUAUUGAUCCAUGUCGGAAGAUGCCAUCUGGGAGAUCGUCUAUUCACGUUGCCGUCCUCAAUAGAAGAAUAACAUGUGUGAACCUUUUAGUUGGAAAGGCGAGAGGUAAGGGAGGUGAGGCAGGCUUACGUGAGAACUGUGCAAGGAGGAACACGUUUCUGAACAUCGCCGGUCAACUUCAGCGGAGAGAUGGCUGGAAAUUUCUGGUAAUACAGCUCAGGGAGCGCAUGGGACGCCGGGAAAAAGAUACUUUGAGUAAACGAGAUAUUCCCCUGCGAGAAUUUCAGAAAUAUGACUCUACAUUUUCGACAUAUUUAACAGGGCCUCUUGGCAGAAUUUACCUUUGCACAGUUCUCCAGAAGAACCCCCUUCGAUGUCGAACUUUCAUAAAACCUUGGAAAUUUUGA